AUGUCCACCCCUUCAAGGUCCAGCAACGAUGCGUCGUCCCCGCCGCCAACCGGUGAUUCGAGUUCCAACCCGACGUAUGCCAGCUUCUCUCCCGCCAACCUAGGCCAGACGACACCGCAAACAAAACUGCGCUCCGCCAUACUCGUGCACCAAAAGUCGCCCCUACUUGCGGCUACACCACCACAGAUCACUCGCGUGCUCGCUUAUUCGCACCCCUUCAUAUUACCUCUGAACAAGUUUGCUGGGCUGGUGACAUGGACGACCGGAGACCCAUGGGAGAGCUUCCUCGUGGUCGCAAGCUUCUGGGCCGUCGUCAUGUAUGGUGAUGCCGUGACGAGAUACGCAGGGCCCAUUAUCGUCGUAUCCGGGCUGAUACUGGGCAUGUACACGCGAAGGUAUUCUCCACUAUCGUCGACCGGGUGGACAGGCGAGAAGGGACAGAAGGCGCACAAGCGCGUUGAGUCGGACACCAACAUCAAGCAUCACAAGAGCCUGGAAGAGAUUGUGGACAGUCUGAAGCUCUUCACUUCGCGCUGCAACAUCCUACUAGAUCCCUUCCUACGCCUCACAGACUUCUUAUCUACACAGAGGACUGCGACCUCGGCUACUACACGUCCGGCGCUCACUGUAUUGUUUAUCCGAAUCCUCUUCGUGUUGCCGCUAUGGAUAGCGCUUACGCUACCACCGUUCUACAUCCUGACUACGAAGCGAGUGGUACUAGCGGUAGGCACUGUGAUGCUGAGCUGGCAUUCACGACCGGCCCGCGUAACCCGAACCCUCCUGUGGAGAUCAAGAACAGUCCGGCGUACCUGCGCCUUCAUAACUGGACUCGACUUUGGCGAAAUUGUGUCAGUAGAUAGGAAGGGUGCGCCUCCUCUGCCACCUCGAAAGAAGAGCACGCAGGAGGUUGCAGCUUCAUUGGCGGCUAAGCGUCGGCCCGAAUCUACAGGCGUACGCUUCACCUUCUCCAUCUAUGAGAACCAGCGAAGAUGGCUAGGCAUCGGAUGGACAUCCUCUAUGCUUGCUUACGAGCGAGCGUCUUGGACGGAUGAGCACCUAAACCCGGUUCCACCUAAAGAACAGUUCGAACUACCUGAAGUUGAAGGAGGUCAGUCGAGAUGGCGGUGGGUGCAAGGAAGUGAAUGGAAGGUUGAAGGCGCGGAGAAAGACAGCAAGGCUGACAAAGGCGCGUCCAAGGAGGACUCGGCGUGGAUUUACUACGACAAUAAAUGGAGGGACGGACGAAGAGGUCAAGAUGGUUGGGGGCGUUAUACCCGCCGUCGAAAAUGGUACCGCGAUGCCGAGCUCGUCGAAUCGACCUCGUCGACAGAUACAACGCCUAUGCCUACGCCUAAACCUAGCCCAAUCGAUACUUCCGGAGACCUUGAUCCUAAUCAACUCACAAAGCUCUCAUCUAAUCUCAGUGUAGCAUCCAGUACAGACCCUACUCUAGUCGAGGGUGAUGGACGUGAGUAUGCCGCAUCGAUAGCGUCGGAUACAGAUGCAGCAAGUACAAAGAGCAAACGGAGUUGGUUCAAGAAGAGACGGAGCAAGAGCACAAGCGGUAGUGUGAGUGGCGUAACAGUCGUCAGCGAUACAGGUACGAGCGGUACGCGUAGAAGUGACGAGGACGAUAUGCAAAGUCCUCUCGAUCGUAUGGCGAAGGAUGAGGAGUGGAGGCUUGGUGACGACAUCCGUCAACAUCUUGAUAUCUGA